CCUCAACCCUUGUACACUUUCUUUCAAUUCUUUUUCUUGAAUCUACAAUUAAGAAUGCCUAGAGGAAGAGGAUCAGGAGGCAAGCUAACCAAGCUCAAGUCAGUGCUAAAGAAAUGGCAAUCAUUGGGCAAGGCUACUGCAGCAGUGCGUAAUGAAGAGAACGAUUACAAUAUUAGAAGAGAUUGCGAGGUGGAGCAGCAGGUGGUGGCUGUGUACGUGGGCAAAUCCCGACGGCGUUAUGAUAUAAGCUCAGAAGUGGCACAACACCCGGUGGUUCAGGAGCUGGUGGAACGUUCUGGCGACGGGGAGACGGUGGAAUGCGAGGUGGUGCUGUUUGAACACUUGUUAUGGAUGCUUCAAAAUGCGGAUCCACAACCAGACUCUCUAGACGAGCUGCUCGACUUGUACGCUUAAUUCAUUAAAUUCUAGCUACUUGACCUUCUUCUAAUUCAAAUUUAAUACCAUA